AUGUUAGCCGCCAGCAAGCGGCUAGUGGAGGCCGUCGCGAGCAAAUACAGAGGAGUGGGACCAGAAGGAGUUCAAGUUAUAGAUGAAGUUUAUUUUGUGAGUGCUGCAUAUGGAUUCCAGCCAGGCGUGAAGGUAGCGGAGGCGGCUGAAACGCUCAUCCCCACAGGCCAGAGUGGGAAUUGGGCCGGAGAUAAAGAUGGACUUUCUUCUGCUAAUGAGGAGAUCAAAAAGGACAAUAAAAUUAGCCUUGGUGAACUCAGACUGUCGCCGGGUUACGUCACAUGUGCCAACAUGAACGAUAAUUUUAGUGAUGGAUGGUGGAAGGGAAGCUAUGAUGCUGGGAAGUUGGUCGAGGAUAUGGACAGUUGUGGCACCAGGAAUACAGUGGGUGAUUGCAUUGAAAAAACGGACAUUCCUUACCAGCGAGUCCCCGAUGAUAAGCACUGUUGGAGAAAAAAGAGGAGUUGGGGCAGGCGGCUGAACCAGGUGUUUGGAACCAAGUGCAGUGGAGGCUAA